AUGACUUACGAUCAAGCACGAGCUUACUGUUUUGUCAAAAAUAUGUGGCUCGCUAAUCCUAAGGACUAUGAUGAAGCUGCUGGUCUUAUAAAAGGUAUAACAAUCGGGAGCAACGUUUGGUUUGAUUCUUGGCGAAAGACUGAAGGCGAAUGCUAUGCUCAAGAGUUAUUCGGGAUCGAUCGAGGCUACGGUUGGAGAGAUGGACCCAAAGACUGUAAUAACAAGUUCUACGCAAUAUGCCAGAAUGGACAGAUUCAUGAUAAAACUCUUUGCGAUGUCGACCCAUGCGCUGGACAUGAAAGCUGCGAGAUCUUCGUUAACGGAUGCCCCGUAAGCCCGGUGAAAAAUACUCAAGUAGCUAAAGUCUCUGCUGCCAUCAACUACAAAGUUUCCGCUGACGUUUUCUGCGAUCAUAGCAUGCCGAAGGAUGGUCAGUGGAAGCAAAUUCUUCAUGUUUCCGGCGGAAAUGAUUACGGCUCAGCCGGCGAUAGAACAUUCGCCAUAUAUAGAACUCGCUGGGCUCCAUAUAAAAAUCUCAUUAUCGGCGUCAAUGACCCAAACGGCAUCAAUUUAGCUGGAGCUUCUCAUCACACUCAGGAAAAAGAGUUUGAGUGCACUGACGGAUCCUGGAAUAAUUACUCUGUAGAGGUUCGCCAAGUUGUUGAUUCGCCAUCAAAUCUUCAUUAUUCUGUACGCGUUGAUGGUGUAGGGAUCAUUGACGGCACAUAUGACAUAAGUGACGCCAAGACAACUGGUGAGCUUUCUGCCUGGGUUUCCGACCCCUGGUGGCCGAGUGGAUCGUCGUACAGUGUUCGAAAUUUCUACUUUCAAAGAUUUGAGGACACGCCUCUCUGUGCAACUAAUCCAUGUGCUGGACUUGAAAGCUGCGUGUCUAUCGUCGAUGGCUGCGCCAUUGCCCCUUCGCAGAAUAAUCUUCUUGCAACUCUCUCCGCAACAGUUAACUACAAAUUCUCUGCUGACGUUCUCUGUGACAAGUCUAAUGACAUCAACGCGUCAAUUGCCGAAAAAUGGAGCCUUAUCUUCCGAGUCACUGCAGGUGGAAACAACCAAGUUGUUGGCGACCGCACUUUUGGCCUCUGGCGCAUGCCACUCGACAAUCAGUACUACUUCAGCGUUACUGAUCCAUAUAGAACUUGGUAUCAGUAUAGAUUCUAUCCAACAACGUGCACGCAAGGCGAGUGGAAUACCUUCUCAGUGGAAGUCCGACAAAUCGACGCUAGCUCAAGAUUGCAGUAUAUUGUUUCGAUCGAUGGUGUUCAACAACACGUAGGCACAUAUGACCAAAGUGAUACAAAAACGUCUGGAGAACUUUAUGCGUACGUUGGAGGCCCAAUAGUUACUAACUAUCACGUUCGCAACUUCUUCUACCAAACAUUUCCAACAGAAACAACAACAACGACAACGAUAACUACAACCAAUAUAUAA